AUGCCAGCUAUUAUUCAAGCCGUAGAUGGCCCUGUCGACGCCACCAUCCUCGGUGGCCACCCGGAAAGCCGGCCCCGCCUGACGGCGCCACUCACUUACACGGGCUCCCUGGACCGCUUCUCCCACUUCGACGUGACCCCUGCCAUUGGCCGUGAGUACACAGGGCUACACAUCAAGGAUCUCCUCACGGCCUCGGACGAGCAGAUUCAAGAUUUGGCUUUGAUUAUUUCGCAGCGUGGAGUGGUCUUUCUACGCGGACAAGCCGAUGUGACACCCAUUGAAAUGAAAGACUUCAUGCUGCGGCUGACAGAGCAGGCUGGGUGCCCUGAGUCGUCAGGCCUGCAUGUCCAUCCUCUCACCGAGGAGGGGAGCGAGCUGGGUGACCAGAUUAGUGUAAUUUCGAGUGCAAAGCAGAAGAAGGGAGGCGGCUUGACUCACCAGCUAAGUGAUGUUAGUCGAUUCGCGAGCGCUGGCUGGCACAGCGACAUCACCUUUGAAAAGGUUCCAUCUGAUUAUGCGAUGCUCAAAAUCCACACUCUUCCAGAAACUGGAGGCGACACGCUCUGGGCUUCUGGCUACGAAAUCUACGACCGCCUCUCAGAGCCGAUGAAGGAAUUUCUCUCCGGGCUCACAGCAACGCACGAUGCGUCCUUCUUUCACGAUGAGGCUGCCCGUCUAGGCAACCCCCUGCGCAAGACCCCGCGAGGCUCGCACCUCAACCAGGGCGACAACCUCGUAACCGUCCACCCGCUGAUUCGGACCAACCCCGUCACCGGGUGGCGAAGCGUUUACGUCAAUCGCGGCUUCACCAAGCGCAUCAACGGAGUGACCCGUGACGAGAGCGAUGUGCUGCUGCCAUAUUUGUUCAACCUAGUAACGCAGAACCAUGAUGCGCAAGUGAGGUUUCGAUGGAAUCAAGGAGACAUUGCAAUUUGGGAUAACCGGUCGACUUUUCACUGCGCAACCUAUGAUUACGAGGCUGCUAGGGCUGGAGACCGAGUCUGCAGCUUGGGCGAAGCUCCCUAUCUCGACCGGAAUAGUACAGGUCGCAAGGAGGCAUUGGGCUUAUAG